UCUAAAAGUCUGCCCUAAGUGGCAGAGUUUGCAACCCGCUUGCUGCACCUCAGCCAGGAACUGUCGGAGUCAGACCUCUCCCUACUUUCCCAUAUUCCCAAUGCCUGGCUCCAAGCCAUCCUCUUCUGUGGCUCCCAAGAGCUUUGUGCAGAACAGCCAAAGGGGAGGCCCCCAGAACCGACCAACGGUGGUGAUCCGGGCUGCAUCUUCCAAGCAACCAGUCCACCCACGGCUCUUGCCAAACCAAUCAAGGGUCAUGCCCACUUGGUCCCGGGACAAAUCGGACCAGCUGGUGCUGAUCCAACAGAUUUCGCCAGGACCCCCGAGCACUCCAAAAGUCAAGGUCUCCCUGACGGACAGCAGUCAACCACAGCCUCUCUUCGCACCCUUUCAUGGGGCAUUCCGGCAGUCAGAUGCCCAGACAGACAUCCUGGGCCAAAGUCUCUCCUCUUUUCCAGGAGGGAACGCCACAAGAUGGAGCUUGAGCCAAGAGGCCAUUCUCCAUACAUCUCCUUCCCAAGAGAGAUACCUGGGGAAGAAAUUACCUGCAGACUCCAUGCCUGGUUUCCACUCUUUUCUCGGAGGAAGAGCAUGCCGAGAGCAGAUGGCGAGCAGCAUUGAGCGGUGGAUGCAGGAGAAGCUGGUGUACCAACUGGAAGAACAGCUGGCCCAAGAGCAGCACAAACUGCGCAUUAUGCGGGCGGAGCAGGACCUUGAGCCUCCUUCACAGCACCCUUAUGCCCCAGAGGCCAGAGCUCAGAGCAACCGGCCGAGAGGUAAGAUUCGCACCCAGGACCGUGUCUCCCACAGGCUCGGGGCCCACACCUGCUCAAGGAUAAACCCAAGAGUGUGCAGUGAUCAGUUCAGCAGCUCCCGCCCGCCCUACACCUAUGCCACCCUUAUUAGUUUGGCCAUUCUAGGAUCGCCAAAGAAACAGCUCAGCUUGAGUGAGAUUUAUCGCUGGUUCAGCAGGAAUUUCAGUUACUACAAUCAUAACGUACCCACCUGGAAGAACGCCAUUCGACACAACCUCAGCUUGCACAAAUGCUUUGUGCGCGUGGAGAACGUGAAAGGAGCCGUGUGGACCGUGGACGAGCUAGAAUACCAGAAGAAAAGAAACCAGCAACGCUCCGAAGGCUCUAAUACCUAGUUCUUGGGUCCAUCUCUUUGUGGGAUGUAAAGAGGCACUAUCCGGGAACCAAAACCAACAUGGUCUGCCGGCUUCUGGAGUCAACCCCUCAUUUCAAAAGUGCUCUUGAAGUGGGUGGCUCAUCCUGCUCUCCCAGGGUGGCGGUGUGUGUGUUCCAAGUUGAACCCUUCCUCCUCCCUUACAUCCUGUUUGGUCACGCCGCACAAUGCACACAACAUUGGCAGAUGAUCUCAUUAGCCAACCAGGAAAGAGCUUUGCAAAAGGGACCAGAUUCAGAAACAAGGGGGCGGGGGGCACAUUUCAGAAGGUAGCCAUAUCGUUCCAGAUUCGAGUCCAGCAGCCCCUUAGGGACAAAUGAGAUUUUGAGGGUAUGAGAACUUAAAACAACCUUGUUAAUCUCUAAAGUGCUGCCGGUCUGGAAUCUAGCAGAAAAUGAAUGCAACUCGGAACAGCUACGCACUCACAUGGAUCAGCACAAAUAUUCUGCAAAAAGUGAGAAGGGGGGCUU